AUGUCCGCGCCCCUCAAACACCUCCGCAUGGCCUCGAAGGAGGCCCACACUGCUACCGUCAUCUUCCUGCACGGUCUCGGCGACACUGGAAACGGGUGGCUGCCAGUCGCUAAGAUGCUUUGGGGCCAGCUGCCUAACGUCAAGUGGAUUCUGCCGCAUGCGCCGACUAUCCCUAUUACUGUUAAUGGCGGCUACCGCAUGCCCGGCUGGUUCGACGUCAUCACCUUUGACCGCUCCAUCACCCCUCGUCCCGAGGACGAGGCUGGCAUCCUGGCCACUGUCGAGGCGGUCGACAAGCUGAUCCAGGCUGAGGUCGACGCCGGCAUCCCCGAGAACCGUAUCGUCCUCGGCGGCUUUAGCCAGGGCGGCGCCAUUGCCGUGGUCUCCCAGCUGAUCGGCAAGCGCAACCUUGCGGGAUACGUCUCGCUUUCGACUUGGGUGCCCCUCGCGCACAAGAUUGAGGGCAUGGCACGCAAGGACGCAAAGGACUUCCCUCUCUUUUGGGGACAUGGGCGCGACGACGAGAUUGUUCAGUACGAAUACGGACGCCAGUCGAUCGAGCUCCUCAAGCGUCUGGGUUUCGUCGAGCAGCCCGCUGAUAAGGUGUUUGCUAGGCCUGGACUUGUUUUCCGCAGCUAUCCCGGCAUGGGACACAGCGCUUGCAAUGAGGAGAUUGCCGACCUCGCUGCUUGGCUUACCGAAUGCCUCAAGACAGAGGGCGCCAACUAG